AUGGUGUUUGGAAAAACGUCUGUCCUUUUGUUGCGCCUUCUGUUUUUGAGUACAGUUUUUAAAUUGAUUGAUGGGGGAUCAAGCCACCCAUUUUCAAGAGUAAGCAACAAGUUUUCAGCAAAACUUUACAACAAGAUCCGCACGUUUCCCUCGGCGUCGAAUAUCUUUUUCUCCCCGCUGAGUAUCUCUGCUGCACUGGGAAUGCUGGAACUGGGAGCACGAGGGAAUACGAAAGUUCAGAUGGAUAGCGCCUUGGAGAUAGAGAAUAUGACCAAUAUUCAUUUAAACAUUAGUCAUGUUCUUGAAGAUAUGAACAACGUCAUCAACAGCUUCACUGUCCGUAUUACCAAUAGAUUGUGUGGAGAACAAGGAUUCUCUUUUAAUACCAGCUACAUUAAGGACAGUCUUGCGUACUAUGGAGCGCCAGUGGGACGUCGUGAUUUUGUAAAAUUUCCGGAAGAAUCAAGGAAUGAGAUCAACAAAUGGGUUGAAGAGCAAACGGAAGACAAAAUCAAAAAUCUUCUUGAACCGGGCGAUAUCACCACCUCUACCAUUCUGGCUCUCGUAAGUGCCGUGUACUUCAAGGGAAAAUGGGAAUCCCCCUUUGACCCGUCGCAAACCAGAAAACGCCCUUUCUAUACUGCUAAUCCUCGCCCCACGUUAGUAGAUAUGAUGACACAGACUGGACUGUUUAGGCAUAUCUACAGCAAGAAAUGGCAGGCCUCCAUGAUAGAAAUUCCUUAUGACGGAACGUCCAGAAUGCUUAUCAUACUACCCGACCAACAAGAUGGACUCAGUCAUUUUGAAUCUGAAUUUACAGGGGAGGAAAUUCACAGGCUUUUCCAUUCUAUGCAGGAAUCGGCGCUUUCUAUUUUGACAGUUUCGAUCCCUCGGUUUGUAUUAGAAAACAUGCGCAUUGAUCUUAAAGAACCGCUCGAGAGUCUUGGGAUGACCGACCUGUUCUCGUCCAACGCUGACCUGUCAGGUAUAGGAGGAACCCCUGGUGAACUUCAGUUGUCAAAGGUAAUAAUGUCUCCGAUGCAAAGAAAAAUUGUCAUAUUUUGA